AUGAAGUUCAACAUAGCAUCGACGCUCAAAACCGUGGCUCAGAGGUUGAACCCCGAUCUCGAGAUUCCAAACUCUCCUCCUCCUGCUGGAAUUUCGACGACGACAACGACAACAACAACGACGAGCGGUAGGAAAACUUCGUCGCCGCCGCUCCCUCAAUCUUCCUUCUCAGCAUCAUCGUCGCCCUCGCCGAAGAAACCACGCAAAUCACGGUCAACGUCCUGGACCAAGACACGGAACAGAGCAUCCAGUAAUGUAUCGUCUGUAUUCCGUCGCUCGUCUGCGUCGAUUGCUUUACCGGUGUUCAUGAGCAAGAUACCAGUGCCACCCGUCAAAGUCGAGGAAGAGAAGAAGACGGAGACAGUGGGCAAGAAUGAGACACCAGUGAGUUUGUGUAGGGAUUUUGCUGUGGAGAGCAAAGGGAAGGAGAGGGAGGUGUCGAUGGAGAUGCCGAUGGAUACACCACAACGACCUUCCACCCCGAUGGAGUCAGCGAUGCAGAUUGCAGAUACGGCACUGAUGUCGUCUCAUGCCUACACGCCUGUCUUUAUCUCCUCGUCGCCACCUCGUGCUGUGGAUACGUUGGCUGGGGUACCUGAGCCAGAUAUGGUGAAGAUGGCAUUGGUAUCGCACUCGGCCUCUUCGUCCGUCUAUUCACUGGUACCAUCCGUGAUCGAGGAAACACCGGAAACAGAUGUCGACAUCUACAUCGCUUCUGCCCCCGCUGCGACACGGAGAGAAGACUCAAUGCAAGAAACAGCGCUGGAACUAGCAGAAGAAACACAGCAACCACCACUCGAAACUGAAACACCAAACCUCGAAAAAGCAACAUUGGAAGCAUCCACACUACCACCACCACCACCAACAUCAGCGCCACCUCCACCGCCAGCAACAGCAACAUCAACAUGCCUCUGCACAGCAAUUCACCUCUCCUUCCCACUAUCCAGUCCAACACCCCGUCCAACAUCCACCUCACCCCUCCUCCUCUGCACAUGUCUCGCGUGUAGUAAGACGUGCGCUUCAGUGUACGCGGCUGGCUAUAGUGUGGACAAGAUACUCCAGUGCUACAACGACGAUGUCGACGACGAAGCAUUUUUGCAAGACGUGUGGUACGCUCAUGUACAGCGUAGGCAGCCAUUUACCGGACCGCUACAUUUUGUACCUGAACACAGUGGACGAUGCGUUGCGAGCGGAUAA